CAAAUGAAACUCUCGAACGAUACAUAAUGAUGAUUAUCAACGAGGACGAAUCUUUCCACAAUAUGAUAACAAAGCUAAAAAGUAGCAAUUAAAUUGCCUUAAUAAAAUUGCUUGAAGUGCUGGCUCAGAAACAGAAAUGCUAACAGAAAAGUCGGGAAGAACUUGUGAAGUUUUGCCUACGCAAAGCAUUGAAAUUUAUAUUCCAAAGGAUUUAGGAGAAAUACGAUAAGACAAGUAUACAUUAGUUUAUAAAAUUAGAGACAAAUUUGAAAACAGCACAGAAAAUAUUCAUGUCAAUGGUGGAGAAGGAAAUUAAAACUACCAUAAUGCUCCCAUUUAGAAAGAAUAGCAAAAACAAAACAAUGAAUUCAGAUUUUUUAAAAUAAAUUUUCUCAUCUUAAACUUUUGUCAACUACUAUAGAGAAUUCCUAAGUACAAUUUUCGUAUAUCUUAGGCUGCCUGGAACAAGAAAUACAAAAGGAUUCAAAAAAAAAAAUUGCAUCUCUUUGCAAUAAAAUUAUGAACCAUAUACAUGAUGAAAAAAAGGUAACUUAUCAAAUUGUAUACAAUUUAUAGUUUGAAUUCGACGUGAAAAGAUUACCUUGGUCUCAUUCUAACGUAGAGAAGGUUAAACAGGCUGCUCAAGAAAUGUUACUUUAUUCGAAUUUUGAGAUUAAAUGA